AUCAUUUGAAUUUUCGACCGACGAUGAAGAUCCAGGCAGCGCUCGCGGUGACCGCGCUCGCGAUGGGCGUCGCAGAUGCGGCCUCGUUCCGCAUGAAGAUGGAAAAGGUCGACGACGCGACCUUUGUCGAGAGCGUCAUGUGGCAUCAGCCGCGCAGCCAGCGCGGGGCCGUGUGGGACCCGACCCAGGCCGACCUCACCGGUGACGUCGUGCACGACAGCGGCAGCGUCGUGAUCGAGAACUUCCAGAACGCGCAGUACUUUGGCAAGAUCGAGCUCGGGUCGCCAGGCCAGAGCUUCAACGUCAUCUUCGACACGGGCUCGAGCAACCUGUGGGUGCCCAACCGCGCGUUUGGUGCGCACAAGCACUACAACCACAGCCUUUCGUCGACUUACAAGGCCAAUGGCACCGACUUUCACAUCCAGUACGGCAGCGGGCCCGUCUCGGGCUACUUCUCGCAGGACACGCUCAACGUCGCGGGCAUCCAGCUGCAGGACCAGACCUUCGCUGAGGUCAACGUCACCAAGGGUCUUGGCCCCGCGUACUAUCUUGGCCGAUUUGACGGAAUCUUUGGGCUCGCGUUCGACUCGAUCUCGGUCGGCCACGUCGAGACGCCAUUCCAUCGCAUGCUCGCGACCUUGGAUAAACCUCUCUUUGCCUUCUACCUCGGCACCAACCAGCCGGGCGAGCUCACGUUUGGGGAGCUCGACCCGAAACACUACACGGGUGAGAUUUCGUAUGUUGAGCUCUCGAGCUCGACAUACUGGCAGAUUCCGCUGGACGGCGUCAAGGCCGGCGACCAGGAUAUUGCAAGCAACGUCCAGUGCAUCGUCGACUCUGGCACGUCGCUGCUCGCGGGCCCGAAAGCCGAGAUCAAGAAGCUCGCCAAGGAGGUCGGCGCGCACGCAUUCAUCAUGGGCGAGUACCUCAUUCAAUGCGACUCGCCAGGCCCCGACAUCACGUUUACGGUCGGCGGCAAGGCGUACACGCUCACGAAGCAAGAGUACAUCAUCCGCAGCGGCCCCGUCUGCCUCUUUGCGUUCAUUGGCCUCGACAUUCCCGGCAAUCCGCUCUGGAUCCUCGGCGACGUCUUCAUGCGCAAGCACUACACAGUCUUCGAGUGGUCGUCGACCGGAAAGCCGCGCAUUGGCUUUGCCAACGCCGCUUGAAACGCGAGCUCGUAACAUGUUGCAUCAACCUAUCUCGUGUUUGACUUCUCGUCUCUGGCAUGCGAACCUUUGCCGCCUCUUUGACUCGAUUAGUAGGAUCCACAUAUACCGUAGUACGCUGAGGAGGGUGGUGCAAAUACGCUGAGGAGGGUGGUGUCAAUACAGUGUAAUACAACCUCGGUCG